AUGGAGAAGGUUAUUGAGAAGUUAGCUCCACACCUUAAGGGAUACAUCCCCGUAUCCUCCGAGCCUUCCAUUUACGAUGCUCCUGCAAUGCAAGGCGCUCAAAUGGCCUACAAACCUGGAGACCCAGUUUCGGUCCCGGGGCAUCCGGAUGGAACUUAUAGCUUUGGUAUGCCAUUUGCCGGGGGUUGGUACGGCCAACAUCAAUACUACAUCGAGAACUCGACUGGCCUUACUGUGUGGGCAUCUCAGUUCAACCAGGGGGUUGCAAGGUCCACGCCCAGGGCUCCGGCAGCGAACCCCAAGAUGAUUGGAGCAGCCAUCGCAGCAGCUGCCACCCAGAUUCUAGUUUAUACUCCCGUACCUUCUGCUCCGGCCGAUUUCUCCAACUUUAAAGUUGGAGAUCCCGUUUCUAUUCCUGGUUAUCCCGAUGGCACCUUCACUUUCGGUGUGUGUUUCGUCCUCUUUGUUGUCAUCUGUGACAUGGCGAAAGGUGGAUUUAGUGGAGAAUACGCGUAUUACAUCAAUACCACAAGUCAACAGUCAGUAUGGGCGUCGCAGCUUCCUCCACCGCUCAAGGAUGAGGAAACAGAGGAGCCGCCGAUUCAAGAAACUCCAGCGAAAAGGCAGAAAAUCGAAUCAACUGCUACGGAUUCGAACGAAGACGGCCAGUCGAAUAUCCGUGUUUCUACAGUGCUUAUCUGGGAUUUGGACGAAACGUUGAUCAUUUUCAACUCGCUUCUCACUGGUUCUUUCAUGCACAACAAAGAGGGCCUGUCAGCCGAAACCAGCAAAGCAUUGUCAGGCCUUGCUGGCAAGCUUGAAUCCCUGGUCUAUCAAGUUGCUGAAGAUAAACUGUUCUUCAAGUCGCUGGAAGGGAGAAAUCGUUGGAACUUUGAAGCAGCUCUUUCUCACGAUGAUGGCCGAGACCUGACUAAUUAUGACUUCGACAACGAUGGGCUACAAGGAUUGCCUGGUGACAGCUCGAGCCAAAGGAAAGAGACUGCUGGCGACAUGGUGAAGGCCUCGCUGAGGUACAGGCUUGUGCUUCAGAAGUAUAAGCAAGCAAAGACUGGGGUGGAUGGCUUGAAGAACGUGCUGGGAGACUCCGAGCUCUCGGGGGCAGAGGCUGCGAUUGACGCCGUGAAUUCGCUGACCGACAACUGGAUGGCGACGGCAGAGGAACUGCUAGCCAAGAUCUGGCAGUACGACACGUUGAUCGAGCAGCUGUGCAAACGUGUUCCUCCGAAUGCCGUGCCCGAGACAGAACCUGGAAUGAAGUUCGUCAGGAAGAGCGGGGAAACCAACGCGUCCGAGGCUGAAACCAUGAAGACGAACAUCAAUGUCUUGGUUACGAAUGGAGAGCUGGUCCCGACCGUCGUGAAGCUCAUGUUGUUUGGGUUGCACAGGCAUUUUCAUCCUUCCUGCAUCUACUCCUCGCGAGAGGUCGGCAAACAGACGUGCUUCGCAGAGAUUCUCAGGAGAUUUUCGAACGCUCGUGAAAUUGUGGCAAUUGGAGAUUCACAGGAGGAGGAGAUUGCGGCAAAGAGCCUGGAUUUCAGUUUUCUCAAGGUGUCAGACCCCAGCGACUUUAGAACAGUACAGGCUUUCUUGCAGUGA